AUGACGCCGCAGAGUCGGACGGAAGUUGCUUUUGCCACCCUGCCCGAGCGCCUUUCCCGAGCUGCCAAACAGGCGCAGAAGCGCGAACGGGUUGAGGAGGACUUGACAAGGUGGCAGCUACUGUACCGGCGGGCGCGCUACUACAUCCCUGUCCUCCAAUGGCUUCCGCAUCACUCGCUCAAGAGCUUCAUGUGGGAUGUCGUCGCCGCUCUCACGCUCACCUCGCUCAUCGCGCCGCAAAGCAUGUCCUACACCACGAACUUGGUCCACACCGAUCCCAUCCACGGCCUCUUUGGCGCAGCUGUCCCAGCCAUGAUUAGCUCGCGCGUUGGGAACACCAUCGCCAAGUUCAUCAAGGAGGAGGAGCACACGCACGGCAGGAUGAGCAAUGUGCAUUGA